UGAUGUGAGCCGAUUGCACAUUACAUCAAUCAAAACUUGUUUAGUACCCAGAAAAAGAGAGCAUGAAAUUCCUGAUUUUCGUCGGAGUUUCCAGCUUCCUCUUGGAAUUGGGUCUGUGUGCGAAUUGGCCGAGUUGUACAGAGAGCGGCGCCAAUGUUCACUGUACUUUGCCAAUAUGCCCGAAUUGCAAGAUCGUGGAUUGCAUCCCGGAACUUGAGCCUAAAGAUUGUCCCCGGGGAACAUUCUUCGAAGAGAAUCUCGUUUUGGGUUCAUGCUGUCCUGCCUGCGUUGAGUAUUUAAAGAAAGGGGAUAAAUGUUUUUACUCACCCACCACGACAAACGUGAGUUUGUACGAAAAUACCGUCCCUCUUCAAUGUCACCCAAACAAAGAAAGAGUUGUGGAAUUAUCCAUAAUAAGAUACAAGAAUAAAGACAUUCCUUUGGUGAAGAGAAACCAAUGUCCAGAUCAGCAUGAAUGUUUGGACGGAAUUUGUCAAAUCGAGGACGCGGCCGCCGCAGUUGAAGGCUGUUUGAAAGCCACUUUAGAGUAUGACUCUUGGUUGAAUGGUCUAAACGGAGAGGAGUGUUCGGAACUGAAAUGGGAACCCUCGUGCACUUUCUAUGGAGCUUAUGAUAAUGUCCAAUCCAAGACCAAUGUAUUCCAACCUGUGAAUUCAAAAUUCUGUAGCGCCCCCGACGGCACUCGAAUCUUUGGACAAGCGACCAUCGAGGCCGAGGCCGAUGAAAUCAAUUGCCGUUGUAGUCGCAAGAGAUGGGAAUUGGAGAAAGAAAUUCUGUCUAUUGGGGCACGGGAUGAUGUGACCUUGCAUUGCGAGAGAAAUGGCGAUUUCGAACCUCUCCAAUGUGACCUAGAGCGAUGUUGGUGCAUCAAUCCCGUGACCGGUGUGGCCUUAUCGCGAGCACUGCCGGAAAAAAUGGCCAUGGCCCUACCUUGUUACGAUAAAGAGCUGUUCGGAGAUCAAUACCUUCGUCGAUGCGAGACUCGAAGUCUGGGCAAAGCCAAAUCGCGGAAGAAGCUCAGAGACCACGGUUUCUAUUGGCUUGAGUCCAUGGGGGUCACUUGCGAUUGGGAUGGGAGCUUCGGGAAAGUGUACUGUGACAAAAGCUCAGGUCAAUGUAAAUGCGUGGAUAAGAACAACCAACAGAUUGGCAACUAUUUCACCACCAUGUUGAACAAGGACGAUCUGAACUGUCAAUGUGCGCGGGAUGAGCUCGAGGGAUUGACUCAGCUCAAUUGUGGUUCGGGUAGUAGUGCGGGCAACUAUUUGGAGCUUCAAUCCCUUUUGACAACGGAGUAUUGCGUGGAUGAAAGUGGAUUCCGAUUCACGCCCUAUUAUCUGAAAACAUCGGGCAAGUUUUGCCAGAUCCCCAACUGCCCAAGUCGAGUGAAACAAUGUCAAGGCGACGAAGGCAAUGUGUGUGACGAGUGUCUGAGUAGUUGUAGUGGCAUUUAGAGUGUCAUCUAAACAUGUGCUUUUAUUGUGAACACGUGGCUCAGGCCUGAAUGAUGGUAGUCAGAACGAAAUAUACGUAUGUAAGACA